AUGGCCACGAGGGAGAAGAAGGUAAUCAAGCCCAAGAAGGAGGGUCGAGCCUCCUCAGCCAGUCCGAGUGUCGGACGCCGACUGCCCUCGCUGAAGGAGGACCGCCAGGAGGAUCUCCCGGACGCGGCAACGGGGGGCAGUGCCAGCGAGUGGGCGCCUAUCGGCCGCAGCUCGAUGGACGAGGUCCUGGACUCCGAGGGGGUGAGCGAGCACGAGCAGCUGUUGUUCUACGAGGGAUGCCUCCGCCUGGGACCCCAGAAGAUGCGCUGGAGAUCCGUGGUGCUGAAGUUGCUGGGGGCCGCCUUCGCGGCGGAGACCACGAGGAGCGCGUCCGGGAUGGUGCCGUGCGUGAUGCAGAGGGGCGAGGAGAACAUCGACUCUUGUCCUCACCCGCCGUGGGCCCAGUGGUCAGGCGCGAACGGCCGCGCCGCGCGCGCCUACUGUCGCAGGCGCAGCGCGUACCGGCAGAAGACCCCCGAGGAGAAGGCCGUGGCCGAGGCCUAG